CACCACUUCAGAUAUCAAUAGCCAAUUGAUAACAACAUGGCGCACCACCACCACGCUGAAGGGGUCAUCAACCCCCUCAGACCAUACUACAUCCCGCCCACCAUUGGCGAACCCGCAGUCGAGCCCAUGACGGCACCCGGUCCCCAUGCCUUCGCCCAGGGAAACGCGACCGACAACUAUGCCUCCAAGGCGCGAACUAUCUUCUCCGACAUCGACAUCGACUACAAGGACUACCUCAACGACCAAUCGCCCUCGGUCAUGUCGACGGUCAAGGAAGUCCUCGACGAGCUGCUGUGGAAGUACAUGUCCGUCUUCAUGGCCCAGCCCUUUGAGGUGGCCAAGACCAUCAUGCAGGUCCGCGCCCAGGACGACCUGGGAGGACUGGAGGCCCUCGCGGUAGAGCAGGCGAAGCAAAAGACGGCGACGAACCAAAAGAUUCGCAUGUAUGAUGAGGAUACCCCCUCCCCCUACGAUUCCGAUUCCGACCAAGAUGAAAUGGCCUCCUUCUUCACAGCCAAGGUCCCCCACCGACCAGCCUCGCCAUCCCAGAAUCGCUCAGGCAGACCGAGAUCCCCGAGCCCCGGCACAUCGACGACGCGCACCCCCAGCAAACAGGUCCCAGAACACCAACUCACAUUGCGCACGCCCAAUUCGGUGCUCGAGGUGAUUGCGCAGCUAUGGCAGAAAGAAGGAGCGUGGGGUGUGUGGAAGGGAACCAAUGCGACUUUCAUCUACUCGGUUCUGCAGUCGCUGCUAGAGAACUGGUCGCGAAGUUUGCUUAGUGCUCUCUUCAACGUCCCUGAUCUGGGCGUACGAGGUGAUCUAGACCGGCUAGUUGACAUUGCGUCACCAUACCCAUGGGCGUCACUUUUCGUUGCUGGUGCUGCUGCCGCCAUCACCGGCCUCAUCCUCUCUCCUCUGGACUUGGUCCGGACACGCCUCGUCCUAACCUCCGUCUCUCGCGGCUCCCGCCGCACCCUCUCCACCCUCCGCGCCCUCCCCUCCUACCUCUGCCCCGUCACCCUCGUCAUCCCCACCGUCCUGCACUCCCUCAUCCACCCCGUCCUCAUGCUCUCCACACCCCUCGUCCUCCGCUCGCGCUUCAUGAUCGACCGCGAAGUCUCCCCCGUGGCCUUUUCCAUCGCCAAGUUCUGCUCCUCCACCGUCGCUUUGUUCAUCAAGCUACCCCUCGAGACCGUCCUGCGCCGCGGCCAGGCGGCCGUCCUUAGCUCGCCGCAGUACGUGGCUGCGCUCGAGCCCAAGGUGCCGACUGUCACGAAGAGCAGGAGGGCGGCGGCGGCGGGCGAGAGGGGUGAGGAUGGCAGCGUACCGCAGAUGGAGACGAUCGUCCCGCUGGGCAGGUACAAUGGGUUGUUUGGCACAAUGUAUAGCAUCGUCAAUGAGGAGGGGUCGCAUGCGGCGCCCAUGACGGCGGCGGCCAAGAGGAAGGCGGCUGCCGCCAAGAAGAAGGGCGACGCCUCGGUGCCGCAGGUGGUUUAUAGGCGGGGGCAAGGGUGUGAUGGUCUAUGGAGGGGAUGGAAGGUUAGUUGGUGGGGGUUGGUUGGGCUGUGGACGGCGGGAGUGAUUGGAGGUGGCGGUGAUGCCGGGGAGUUUUAGG